AUGCUCCGCCGCAAACCCACCGCCAUAACAGUCACGAUGGAAGACAUCGCCGCAUUCGAAGAGUCUCGGCUCCGCAAACAAGAGGAACAAAGCAGAUGUGCAACAUCUGAGCAAGGGAAGAGCGGCACCAACACCAACACAGGCUUCGAUCCAAGUGAUGAAUUGAAACCGUUACCCGGUGAUAAAGCGAGGAUCGUCCGUUCGCGUGAGGAGAGGAUUGGUCUCGGGCGACAGGGGUGA